CUCUCGUUUCUCGGGCUAAGAUGGGGAAGGAGCAAGAACUGCUAGAGGCGGCCCGCACUGGGAAUCUCGCCGCCGUUGAGAAGCUUCUGUCCGCGAGACGCCAGUCGGCAGGGACCGGCAGUGGAACUAGGUCCAGCUUGCUCAGCCUAUGGCGUGGCCCCAGUGUAAACUGCGCAGACAGCACAGGAUACACCCCCCUCCACCACGCCGCCCUCAACGGACAAAGUGAGGUGGUGCAGGCGUUGCUAAGGAACGAGGCGCUGACCAACAUCGCUGAUCACAAGGGCUGCUCUCCGCUGCACCUGGCCGCCUGGCGGGGCGAUGAGCGGAUCGUCAGGCUGCUGAUCCACCAGAGCCCGUCACAGCCCAAACUCAACGAGCAGAACAACGACAACGACACCCCGCUGCACUGCGCGGCGCAGUACGGCCACGCCGAGGUGGUGCGCCUCCUGCUGGCGGAGCAGGCCGACCCCGCCACGCGCAACAACCGCCUGGAGACGCCGCUGGACCUGGCGGCGCUCUACGGCCGCCUGGAGGUGGUGCGCCUCCUGCUGGCCGCCGGCCCCGCCCUGCUGGCCUGCCGCGCCCCCACGCACACGCCCCUCCACCUGGCCGCCCGCAACGGGCACCUGCCCGUGGUGCAGGUCCUGCUGGAGGCCGGCAUGGACAUCAACUGCGAGACAGAGAAGGGGAGUGCGUUGCACGAGGCCGCGCUGUUUGGGAAGACGGACGUGGUGCAGAAGCUGCUCAGCGCAGGGAUUGAUGCCAACAUGGUGGACUCCCGGGGGCACACCGCGCUGGACACGGUGAGGGAGGUGCCCUCCCGAAAGAGUCGCGAGAUCGCCGCUCUCAUCCGCGAGCUGAAUGAGCAGUUUUCGGGGCCCGAGGAGGAGAAUCCGUACGAGGCCCUGCUUGAGGACACUUCCUGUCACUCCCUGGACAGCCUGGCCAGCGGGAAAUCCUCGGACCGGGAAUCGGGCCGACCGGACAGCGAAGGAGGCAAGAAGGAGCGUCACCCUGACCCUGCACCGCCGUCUCCAGACAUCCCGGAGGAAGUCGGCUCUGAGACCCUGCAUGCUAACGGCAGCAUGGACGAGAAGGAGGUGACAGGUGAGGAGGACGCAGGAGAUCCCACCUACGAGCUUCUGUCCACUCCCAAGACCAGAGGUCCUCUCUCCAGGCAGGACUCUGUGUCCCAGACAGAUGAGGAUGAUGUCACCAUUCCUCCCAGCAGUCUGCUACCUCAGAACCGAAAUCCGUCGCCCCAGACCAACCCGGGCCAGACCCUGCCUCUCCUGGGACAGGACCUGGAUGCUGAGCGGCCAGGAUUGAGAGCACACCCAGGAGAUACCGCCCAGCCCGCUAGAGCCCGGAGCGCCGCCACCACCGCCACCGCCGCCGUCGCCGCCGUCGCCGUUCCGGAGCAGUUCGCGGGCCUCCUGCACGGCUCCUCCCCCGUGACUGAGGGCAGGGAGGACCCCUUCCAGACGCCGAGCGGGGCCCCCACACGCCCCGCCCCAGGGGACCCCAGGACGGGCCCCUCAGCCAUGUCGGCCCCGCUGCUGGACCGCGACCCCACCGCCAUCUACGCCACCGUGGUGCACUCCAGGGCCCGGGACGUCCGGGACGCUCGGGACCCGCCCGACGCCACGCCCCCCGGAAAGGCCCGCCCCGCCCCGGGGGACCUGAAGCUGACCCGCAGCCUCUCCAAGUCGGACUCGGACCUGCUGGUGUCCCCCCCCGGCGAGGAGGAGGGGGGGCUCGGGGGCCGGAGCGAGUCCGUGUCCGACUGCAGCGCCGGGAAGAAGCACAUGGAGCGGUCCCCCUCUUUCACCUCCGAAUGGGACGAGAUUGAGAAGAUCAUGAACCUGAUUGGAGCUGGCAUCCAGUUCUCCAGGGAUCCACCUGUCACUCCUACAGUACCUGGUGUCCCAGAGGAGCUGGGCGUUCUGUGCGUCCCGCGUUUGGCUCUGGGAGUUUCCUGGCUCCUGUUUGAGGCCCAGCGGAGGCGGCGGACGAAGGAGGAGAACGGGGGCUUUGCGCGCGGGUGA